AUGGGACUGAUAGGUGGAUCAAAGACUGCAGGGAACCAGACAAGCCCAACCAAAAUGGACCUGUACUCCAGAAUGAACUUUCCAGGCUUUGCCAAGUCAUAUAGUGACUUGCCUGCUGACCCCAAACAAGAUCUGAAGGACAGCACCAAUUUGGUUGAGGUGCAGAUUGUUCUUAUCUGUGCCUACUGCGUGAUCAUCUUGCUAGGGGUAGUGGGCAACUCCUUGGUGAUCCACGUCGUGAUCAAGUUCAAGAGCAUGCGGACCGUGACUAACUUCUUCAUUGCCAACUUGGCUGUGGCUGAUCUGCUGGUGAACACGCUCUGCCUGCCCUUCACCUUAGUCUACACAUUGCUGGGAGAAUGGAAGCUCGGUCCAGUACUGUGUCACCUUGUGCCUUAUGCCCAGGGCCUGGCUGUGCAGGUAUCUAUUGUUACCUUGACAGUGAUAGCCUUGGACCGGCAUCGCUGCAUCGUGUAUCACCUGGAGAGUAAAAUCUCCAAGAGAAUUAGCUUCUUAAUUGUUGGGGUGGUCUGGGUCGGCAGCGCUCUUUUAGCCAGUCCCCUGGCCAUCUUCCGGGAGUAUUUCUCCAUUGAGCUCAAGCAGGACUUCAAAAUGGUGGUCUGUGCAGAGGCCUGGCCCAGGAAAGGGCAGGUAAAUUAUGGCACUAUCUACAGUGUCUUGAUGCUCCUGAUCCAGUAUGUCUUGCCUCUUGUGAUCAUCUCAUAUGCCUACAUCCGUAUCUGGAGCAAGCUCAAGAACCAUGUCAGUCCCGGGGCAGCAAAUGAUCACUACCACCAGAGACGCCGGAAAACAACCAAGAUGCUGGUGUGUGUCGUGGUGGUGUUUGCCGUCUGCUGGCUGCCCUUUCAUGUCUUUCAGCUGGUCAGUGAUAUUGAUAGCCAAGUGUUGCAUCUGCAGGAGUACAAACUGAUCUACACCCUCUUUCAUGUCAUUGCGAUGUGCUCAACUUUUGCCAACCCCCUCCUCUAUGGCUGGAUGAACAACAACUACAGAACAGCGUUCUUGACAGCUUUCCAGUGCGAACAGCAGCUGGAUUCCUUCCAUCCCGAGGUGUCACCUGCUCUCAAAGCCAAGAAGAAGCUGGAAGCAAAAGAGAGUCAGUGCAACGGACUGCCAUUCGCACAGCCCACAAGCGUCUAA